CGGAAAAAAAAUUCAACAAUAUGGCCAAAUGGAUGACUCGGAUGUCUAUCCCCAUUAAUAAAUUCAAAUGGGAAGAUGUCAGUAGAGCUGACAUCAACGCACUGUGGGAUAGACUUGAGACCAAGUUUAUCCUCCCACGAGAUAACCCUACAUUCGUAGACUACGGUGAGUACGAGAUGUCAAAGGGUUUACGUGACUGGAGGGCAGACUGCAAGAAGAAGUGGAUACAAAACAUUGAGGAGCUUGGACAGGAGAGGGCCGACAUGUCACCUCCUGAGGGAGUAACUCAAGAGGUGUGGAGUGACUGCAUCGCUUAUUGGAGCACAGACAAACAAAAGGUACAUUUUUUAAAAUUUUAAAUUUUGGUAAUGUUUAAUUUAUAUAGUCAAUAAUAAAUAAUUAAUUGUUAGAA